AGACGAACCGAUCUUCACACUUAAGGCAUAAAUACAUCGAAGAUCGAAUUCUCAAUUGUCAUUUUGUCAAAGAUGUCAACUAAAAGUCUAAUAGUGAGUUUGGUCCUGUUGCUUGUCCAUACAUCGUCAGGUGAACAAUGCAAGGCACUGUCGUUUCAACGCUUGUGUGUCACCGAUGGCAGCAAUGUGGUGCUCGAAAACGAAAGGCUGUCAAUGACUAUCAACAAAGCAAAGGGACAGAUCACUGCACUUUAUUUCAACUCGCGUGUUGAUAGUAGUAUCAAAUCAACGAACUUGCUGAAAGGCGGCUCUGGCUAUUACCUUGCCAAUAUUAAUGUAAACGGCAAGAGUUCUGCGGUUGGGCCUAAUGUGGGAAGUAUGAAAAUAACACAGGAUGUAAGUGCAAAGGCAGCAAUGUGAAAUACAAAACCUUUU